AGCAAUUCUGGGUGAUUCAAUCAUCUGGCUUAGACACAUUAUCAGAACAAAAUGUAUUAACGGAGCAAAAUACAUUAAUGAUUAUGCAUGAUGCACCCGUUACGUAUCAGCCUAUCAUAACUACUAUAUUUGGAACAAUUUCCUAA